UCUAAUCUUAAGACUACUAGUAUUAGUAUUUAGUAUUAGACAACCCAAAAGCCAAAAGGCAAGCUCUCCGUUUCUAAGCUCCUUCCUAAGUUCCCAUAUAUGAUAUUGAGUAUAAAAUGAUGGAAAAAUAGUACUAGUUUAUUAUAGAUAUCUAAAAUUUCUGUUGAAUAAGUAACCCACAUACAAGCUAAGUCACAAGACAGCUCACUACUAGUUUGUUUGAAAAAACCAUCAAAUUAAAAUUGGCCGGAGAUGUGGCGAACGGCGGCGAUGAUGGUGGCGUUACUAAGUAUCUUAUUGACGGCGACGGCGACGGCGACGGCGGUGGAGCAACAUCAGCAGCAGUACAAGAAUGCAUACGCUACGAUGAUGUACAUGGGAACACCUAGAGACUACGAGUUCUACGUGGCUACACGUGUCAUGAUGAGAUCUCUUCUUCGACUUCAUGUGAAAGCUGAUCUUCUUGUCAUUGCUUCCAUUGAUGUUCCUCUUCGUUGGGUCCGCACUAUGGAAGAAGAAGAUGGAUUAAAGGUAGUGAGGGUGGAGAACGUAUAUAACCCUUAUAGGGCUAACAACCCUAACGACAGAUUCAAGUUAACCAUGAACAAGCUCUACGCUUGGAAUCUGGUGGACUAUGAAAGAGUCGUCAUGCUCGAUGCUGACAAUCUUUUCCUCCAAAAUGCCGAUGAAUUGUUUCAAUGUGGCCAAUUUUGUGCUGUCUUCAUUAACCCCUGCAUCUUCCACACAGGUCUCUUCGUCUUGCAGCCAUCAAAAGAAAUUUUCAAAGACUUGCUUCAUGAAAUCGAAAUAGAAAGGCCAAACUCAGACGGGGCAGAUCAGGGUUUUCUAGGCAGCUACUUCUCUAACUUGCUUGAUAUGCCCAUGUUUCAUCCACCACCCAAUAACACAAAACUCAAUGGCCAAUAUAGGCUUCCUUUGGGCUAUCAAAUGGAUGCUUCUUAUUUCUACCUGAAACUUCGCUGGAAUGUACCAUGUGGACCAAAUAGUGUCGUGACCUUCCCUGGAGCUGUAUGGAUGAAGCCAUGGUAUUGGUGGUCAUGGCCUGUUCUUCCUCUUGGUUUCUCCUGGCAUGAGCAACGCCGCAAUACUCUUGGGUAUGGUGCAGAGAUCCCCAUGGUGAUACUUGAGGCGGUUCUUUACAUAAGCAUCAUAGCCAUUACUCGUUUAGCCCGACCAAACUUUUCUAAGCUUUGCUAUCGUCGUAUUGACAAGAGUGCUAUGGUAUAUCACACUGGUCUAAAAUUCUUAGCCAUGGCAUCGAUUAUUGCGGCCUAUGUUGUUCCCUUCUUCAUUAUCCCUCACACCAUUCACCCUGUAGUAGGGUGGAGCCUAUACUUGUUAGGCUCAUUCUCUCUUUGCACGAUUGCAAUCAACGCAUUCCUGUUGCCAACGCUAGCUGUGGUGACACCGUGUCUUGGCAUAUUUGGGGUACUCCUUGUGAUGGCAUGUCCUUGGUAUAAGGAUGGAGUUGUGAGGGCACUUGCCGUAUUUGCUUAUGCCUUUUGCGCUUCCCCUCUGUUGUGGGUUUCUUUCACUAAAGUUUUGGGAACUCUUCAAGUUUCUUUAGAAAGGGAGGCUUUUUUGCCUAGCAGAUUAAAUGAUUCCCCACCACCUCUUGGGUUUAAUAAGAUCUACUAAUGAUAUGACCAAUUAACCAAUCACACCAUACUGUCUAGGUACAACUUUUACUGAUCGUCAAGUGUGCUGGCAUCACCCAAGACAUUUUUUAUUGUACAUAUAGAAUUGCAAUUAACAAACAAGAGGGUGAACUCUUCAGUAAGUUUAGUUGGAAAACACGAGAAAGUUGUAUGUUAUUGUACAGAAAACAUUCAUAUCAAUUAAUUUUAAAUUGUUAUUGGUAUUCACAAAUUAAAGUGUUUGGAAUUGUCCCCCGGAAGUAAUUUCACAUUGCAAGGGUAAUUUGAACUGGUAAUGUGAUAACUAAACUCGGACAAAUAUUAUAUUAUAUUCUUGGUCGAUAAUGUUGCAUGAGAGUUUAAUGUAUGA